AAACACCGAUCUUGCAUGCCUUGAAAAGGACGAAAUCUCACGAAAUCUUCAUUGCAAAAUGCCAUGGAUUCUGCUGACGCAAUUUGCGCGUGUGGUGUAAGUGAUGAACGUGGGAAUCAGUGACGGGCCGCAACUCGUGACCGCGGUACGAAAGCGCAAUACAAUACAUGGGAUCUACAGCAGAAGCUCAGCCUGAGGCGAUGCAGCUGCGUCGAGAAUUUUCAAGAAUGAGUCGAUCUGAUAAGUCAAGAGGCGACUUUUUAAGUAUCUUCAAAAUUGGACGCGUCCCCACCUCUGCAGAAGCCGUAGAGCCAAGUGAGAAUUUGUUGAAGAGGCCUUCUCAGAAUUGGAUCAACAAAAGGAGCAAAUUUAAACCACAACUGAGGUCAAUGAUAUCGUGGGAGAAAGUGAUGUUCAGUAAUUAAGCAAAAGAUUCUCGAAUGCUUGCAGUAUUUAGAUUAUCUUCUCCUGAAUCGUUCAGCAAGCACUGUAAGGGGGAAACGUGCUAGCAAAAUCUUGCGACCAUGUGAGAUUAUACCAGAGCCCCAUCUAUAUCACCAGUCUCCUAGCGACAUUCUUCCUCGCCCGGUGUCAGUUUUCCAACACAGACAAACCAUAUGCCACGUAACGAGUUGGAAAAACUCUUUGUGUUCACAGAAAGCAGCAAAAAAGAAACAAAAGAACGAUGAGAUCUUCGAUCAUAAUUUCCAGUGCUAAACAAGAGACUAAGAAUAAGUAUGAAGCGGAUGAAAACCUGCGCAACAAGCACCCUCCCUCAGCUCCAUCGAAAGAGUUUACGAGACAUCUUCCUGAUGUUCCUAGGACAUCUUCUGAACCUCGAGUCUCCGAAGAAGGUGAUGUGUUAGACGAAGACAUUCUUUUGACUCCAGAAGCCAAGUUUGCAUUUCCGAGCCAUUUUCAUGAGACUCAGGUCUCUAGAAAUCGGCAGUUUGUACCUUCCCAACGUCGAUCACCUACACUAUCAGUGAUGGAGUAUGUGCAUCAAAUAGAUCCAUCGAAAUGCCAUCCACUGGAAGAAAUCUUCACUUCUCGGAGGACAAGAUUGCGGCACUUAGCAUGCAUGGCCCUGGGGUCCAACGAAAAUCAACCAACUUGCAGGGCCAGUCUUGUAGAACAGUUGAUGGAAAGGCUUACCGGUUGUUCUCCAAAGAGUAUGAGGCAAUGGUCUCAAUGCCAGCAGAAUCAGGAAAGCUUCGUCUCUUCCGGUUUAGUGCACCCAGAGAUGCUGGAAUUAUCACAAGAUACAAUCAGAGCAGAAGACGGCAACGACCAGGAACUAUGGGGUGGUGUGGGGGAUGAGAGCUUUAAGAGCCAAGAUUGGGCAAUUAACGAACUUCAAGCAGAAUUGACGAGCAUUGAGCAACUCGGAAACAGUUUGAUUACAACUAGUUGGGGGCUUGGUUUGAGUUCACCUCCACAUUCUCCGCCUGCUGACAUAGAUUUUUACUUUCUUUGUGGAGACGAUGCGUUGUCCCGAACUCGAUACCCACUUGGAGCCUUCGGAUCUUCAGAAGACGGAAUGUCCGGUCAUUAUCAACUGAAUGUCUCAUAUUCUGGAAUUGAAUUUUUGGAAAAGAGACACCUGACAUGGGAGGAGAAAACAAGUAUCUGUUUAGAUGCUUCAGAGUUGAUGAACAACUCAGAGAAUGAUCGACAUCUGUCUCUACCUCCAGCAUCGAAAGUGGAACUUUUAAGCUCUUGUUCAGAUUUUGAGCAUUCAAUCGAUCCUCCUGGAUCUCAUGCCUCAUCACCAUCACCCCUGCCUUGGAAGUGAGUCCAUGACAUAGGGAAAUUUCAGCAGCACAGUCCAGACGAUGGCAUCCUCAAUUGACAUGAGGAUCCUUUAACAUCAUUGGAUUUUUCUAAUUUACACAUUCUAGCUAGACAGUACAUACUAUCAUUAAUCUUCAAAUGUAUCCAUGAUCACAAGUGUAACAAGCUGCUAUAAAUACAUGG